CCUGAACGCAGCGCAGCAGGUGCGCACACUCACCUGUUUCUCUUUGGCUGUUGGGUCGAACACGUAGUUGAUGGCGACUGUGGAGAAGCCGACUGCAGGAGGAGGACACAGGAAACUACAGGGGGCAGAAAUCCAUCUGCUGCAGAAUAACAGCGAAGAAGAAGAACUCCAGACUCCGUGUGAGGAAGAAAAGCAGCCGCAGUCCAGUCCAGUGCAGACCGGUUCGGACCGUUGAUUCAGAGAGCCAUGUUGAGAUCUCUGAAGAUCCUCCUCUCUGCCUUAACAUCUCCGCCGACCCGCUGCUGCUCAGGCUUCGUCUCCAAGAUCAGGUACGUGAACAGGCUGAAGCAGGAUGAUGAGGCGUGUGCUGCAGCGCUGCAGAGCAGUCGCAUUUUCCUGUUCCACCGCCUGUCGCCUCUGCUGCAACGCACCGAGCAGGGAACCUUCAGACCAGCAGCACUGAACUUCACAGACGUGCAGGCGAUCCUGGAGAGACUCGGUGCAGACAGAAUCCUGCUGAAGGAGUCUGCUCUGAUAGGCUGCUCUGACCAGAACCAGGCUCAGUUCUGUCUGGAUGUCGGAGAGCUGAAUCAGGCAGCAGUAGAGGAAGCUUGUGAAGGAAACUUUAUUGAUCUGAGGAAAGCUUUCUUUCUCUUGACGGGAGCAGAGGCGCCUCUAGUGGCCAAGGGUCAGGCUCUGCUGCGCUGGCAUCAGACCAACGGCUUCUGCAGCGCCACGGGCCGGCCGACCCACCGCAACCAGGCAGGAAGUCAGAGGGUCUGCAGCAGCUCCGGCAUUGUCUACUACCCCAAGAUGUCUCCCGUGGUCAUCGUCCUGGUCUCUGAUGGGAAACGGUGUUUGUUAGGGCGACAGUCGUCCUUCCCUCGAGGGAUGUACAGCGCUCUGGCCGGUUUCUGUGACAUAGGUGAGACUCUGGAGGAGACUCUGAGCCGGGAGGUGGCGGAGGAGGUGGGUCUGGAGGUCCACAGCGUCUCCUACAGCUCCUCGCAGCACUGGCCUUUUCCUCACAGCUCCUUCAUGCUGGGCUGCCAUGCCUCUGUUAGCCCCGCCCACACUCAGGUAAACGUGGACCAGGAGCUGGAGGACGCUCGCUGGUUCAGUCUGGAGGAGAUCUCCACCGCCCUGCAGGUCAAGACUCCGCCCAGGAGAGGUGAGCCCCCCGUCCUCUGGCUUCCUCCCAAACACGCCAUCGCCAACCGCCUCAUCAUCGAGUGGAUGGACCACCAGCGACGCAACCGGGUGGGAGAGUAACGUCCAAACACGCCGAGGACGUUAACAGGUUGUCAGGACUGAAGUUUAUGUGACGUCCAAACACCCAGAAGGAGGAAACGUAGAGACCUUCACCUUCAGACCGAGGCGCCGCCAGGUGUUCUCACAACAGGAAGUGAGUUAUUAUUGGUCCGUUCAGCAGGUGGAGCUGCAGCAGGGACACAGCUCCUCCUCCUCCACCCAGUCAGAUCUGAACUCAGACAGGAAACACAUUGAGUUUAACACUAGAACCGCCGUAACUGGAAAAUCUAGCCGCCAUCAGAACACUCCUGUUGCUCAAACCCACUUUGGCGGUGCAUUUCCCACAAUGCAUCCCUGCACUUCAGGUAUUCACAGACUGUUGCCUUCACCACGCAGCUCGCCCUCCUGAAGGACACCCCUUGCCGCAGGUAGACAGAUCCGCACCUGAUCAUAUCAGACCGGUUGACCCGUGUUUGAUGUCACAAUAACUGCACGCCACGUGGAGGCUGCAGCGCUGGUUCUGUUGUCACCAAAGGUUACCUGCAUCCUCGCUGUACUGGCUGAUGAUGCUGAACGCACCUGCUGCUUUAACGCCGCAGGUGCGUUCAGCUUCAACGUAGAAUGCUUGUCUGAACACCAGACGUGAAAAUAACUGCGGUACAUUUUACAGGUGGAGAGGCCACUUUUUAACAGCGGGGAGCGCUACAUGACAAACAGACCAGAGGACAGUCGACGGCUCAGCAGUGUCACUGACCUCCGGACGGUCUCACCUGAACUACCUGUCCACCACCUGCUGAAGCUUCGCUUCAAACUCUGCCAGGUUUUGAGUCUGUGGGGCGAGUCGGGUUUUUAUAGCUUCAUCAGUUUGACCUUUAUUAACAA